AACUGCGAUUUUCUUGCAUAAGGAGGCAGGACAAUGACGGAUCAACGCCCUCGCGCGGAGAGCAGGAGCCUUACGGCUCCCAGUUUGAUCGGGACGAAUGGACACUUCGCGUCUGUGGGAGAUGCGGCGCACGAUCCCAAAGCCUAUGAACAUGGCGUCCAAGUAAUUGACGAGGAAAAGCAAUUUAAUCCCAACUUGUCCAAGUACCUUUCACUUGAAAAUGUCGCUAACGCCGGGUUCAACUAUCACCUCAUCUCCGUAUUCGGAUCACAAUCAACCGGUAAAUCUACACUCUUGAACCAUCUUUUCGGUACUCAGUUCUCGGUCAUGUCCGAUAGGGAGCGAAGGCAGACCACGAAAGGUAUCUGGAUGUCGAAAAACAAGACGAAACAUGAAGACCCCAAUGCGCGUAUGGCGGACAAUAUCCUAGUCAUGGAUGUUGAAGGUACAGACGGUCGUGAGCGCGGUGAAGAUCAGGACUUUGAGCGCAAAAGCGCCCUUUUCGCAUUGGCGACAAGUGAGGUGUUGAUUGUCAACAUCUGGGAACAUCAGGUCGGGUUGUAUCAGGGUGCGAAUAUGGGUCUAUUGAAGACGGUGUUUGAGGUGAAUUUGCAAUUGUUUCUCAAGGAUAAAAACACGACUCAUCGCUCCCUUCUCUUCUUUGUCAUUCGUGAUUUCAUGGGCACUACACCAUUGAAGAACUUGGAAAUCACUCUCCUCGAGGAUCUUUCACGGAUAUGGGCAUCUUUGUCAAAACCCCAAGGCUUAGAGCGCUCUACCAUCCAUGACUAUUUCGACUUCGCAUUUUACGGAUUGCCACAUAAAGGCUAUAAGCCCGAAGAAUUCGCUGCGGAGGCCAAGAAGCUUGGGUCACGGUUCCGCGAAGGCCGACGGGAUCGAAAAGAACAGCUUAUUGGCGCAUCUAUUGAGAGCGGCGUAUUUCUGCCCGAGUACCACCGUAGAAUUCCUGCCGACGGUUUUGCGCAUUAUGCGGAGGGUAUCUGGGAUCAGAUUGUCAACAACAAGGAUCUGGACUUGCCUACACAACAAGAGUUGCUUGCGCAAUUCCGAUGUGAUGAGAUCUUGAGAGAGGUCCUUGUCGCCUUUGACGAAGCCAUUGUACCAUUUGAGGAGAAGCAGGCUGCGGGCGUCCGCGCUGGUGAACCUACUAUCCUUGGAGGAUUGGGGCCGGCUAUGCGAGGUGCUAGGACAAAGGCUGUCAAGAAUUUUGAAACAGAGGCCAGUCGCUAUCACAAGGGUGUAUACCAACGGAAACGCACCGAACUAGAGGGCAAGAUCGAUACAAGACUGAAAGCACUUUUCCAGGGUCAACUGAAUGCAGCCCACAAAUCAGGUGUCAAGGAUUUCAGUGACGCUGUUUCCAACGCUGUCAAGGCUGGUCAGAAAAAGGGCGCAAGCUACGACUUUGCGGAGAUUGUUAAGCAGGAAACUCAAGCUGCCCUUGAGCGAUUCGAGAAAGAAGCUCGCGCCACAGUGGUAGAGGGCACUGCAUGGAGUAACUAUAAACAAGAACUGAAGCUGUACCAAAAGGAUCUUGGGGAGGUCAGUGGGCAACUACGUCGUGACGAGAUGCGACGACUUGCUACUAGAGUGGAAAGAUGGGUGAAGUCACGUCUCUCCCACUCUGUUAGUUUGGAAUUCAAUUCCCUUGGUUCUGGGCGUGGUGGUUCUGGUGCGCCAGAGACUGGCGACAAACCCGCAGAGAAUAAAAUCUGGGACCGUAUUUGGAAUCUGUUUGUCCAGACCGUCUUGGACGCGGAACGACGAUUCACAGAUCGCGCUACUAGUCUCGAUGCCAGUGUUGAAGAAGUGGACGUUGGACUUUGGCGACUUCGUAGGAAAUCUUGGAGUGUUUUGCGUCUCAAGAUUGAGGAAGAGAUGAUGGAGGGUAACCUGCUGUUGAAGCUUCGUGAGAACUUUGAGGAUAAAUUCCGAUAUGACGAAGCAGGUGUACCGCGUAUAUGGCGUCCUACAGACGAUAUUGAAGGGGUAUAUACUCGGGCUCGCGAGUCUACUUUGACUCUUAUACCGCUCUUGUCAAAGUUCAUUUUAGCAGAAAACAACUCUCCUCCCCCACUUGAUCGUUGGAUUGGACAUACCCCUAGUUCGGCGACCGCUGCUGACGAGGAAGAUCUUACACCGAUUGGUGGCGUUGACGCGGAAGAUGGCAGAUCUCUAGAGGAAGAAAUGACCAUUCUCAAUGAUGCCAAGCGCCAGGAUUUGACUGUGCGUUUCAAAAAGGCUGCUGAUGGAGUUUACGUCGAAGCUAAGCGCAGUGCCAUCGGUGGUAUUACGCAAGUCCCACUGUACUUUUAUGGGUUGCUCCUUGCGCUGGGUUGGAAUGAAAUCUGGGCCGUCCUCCGAAACCCAGCAUACUUCUUCCUCCUCUUCGUCUGUGCCGUCGGCGCCUACGUAACAUAUCAACUCAACCUAUGGGGACCCAUGUUAAAAAUGGCCGACGCAGCAUCUAAGCAGGCUCUUGAAGAAUUGAAGAAAAGACUACGAGAAUUCCUGGAAGCAUCCGAUACUGGACGCCAGGCCAUGGCAAUGUCUGCUAAUGCUACUGGAAGAGAUGCCGGGGAAGAAUUUGAGAUGAGCUCAUUGAACCGAGGUGGGAAGAAGGCUGAGGAUGAAGAUGAGAAUGAUGAUAUUUAGAUUGUAUCUUUCUUCUUCUUUCUCUAUUAUCUUUAUCACUCAGACACGCUCGUUGAUAUGGCUAGAGUGGGACGUGCUGUAUGCAUGCAAAAGCGGCUUAUGGAUGUAAUUAUGAUCUUGGAUAUGAAUGAUAAAUAUUUCUAG